AUGGUCACCAUUUCAAUUCCGUCGCUCUGGGCCACGAUAUGGUUGCUCCCCCCAUCCGCGAAUAUACCCGCAUACGAAUUAGUUCCACGUUUGGAGUUGCUGGGGAAACGGUCGUUGGAUAUCCUCGAAGAUGGCUAUGCUCCCGAGAGUGCAGUCAACGUCACCCAGACGGGCUCAUGCGACAAUCUCAAACGACUCGGCAUCUUUACAGAGGACCAUUCG